AUGGCUGCCUCCGUAACAUCUUUCAAUUUCCCUCUCAAACCGACCGAUCCCUUUGUCACUAUCAUGGUCCACCCAAACCCAAACCCAAACGAGCCCCGAAGCCGGACCAAGCAUCCAGCCGCAAAGUCGACCCGUCUCCUGAUGUCCCAUGGACCCACAUCGACGAUAUUCUUGACUCGGCCGAGCCGGACCCGGUUCCGGAGCUCGACGGAGAUUCGCUUGAGGCAGUCAAGGACAGCGAACCCGAGACGGACUCUGAAGACGGACUCUGAAGAUGAACUGCCCAUUAUUGAUGAGUUGCUCCGGCGGAGACCUGCCCCGAAGCAGGAGGAACAGGCAGGCGCCGCGCCGGCCGCUGAGGGCCUGAUUGGGGACACAAGAACGCCGGCAGCUGUCAGCCAUGGCGAUGGCGGAAGUGGAGGCGAUGCUGAUGGCGAUGCGAGACGAUCUAGCCAGCCGUCCGAAGGCGAAGCCGGCGCCGAGGAGAGAGGCGAAGCCGUGAUGAACUCAGGCUCAGCAGAACAUGGAGAUGGCAGCGGCGACGAUGAUGACGGCAACAACAACAGCGCCACGGGACCGACUUGCUAUCCCCCAAGCAGAGGAAGCGCGCUCGCUCCGUGUCCAGCGAUGCGACAGCCACCAUCCGUGGAACACCCGAACCUGACCCUGAUGAGCCUCUUGAGGGUCUACAUGCGGCAAAGCGGCAGCGACAGCGGUCAUACCUUUCGUACGGGCGAGGGCGACGAGUCGAUGUCCAUGCGUGCCCCAACGCCAAACCCUAUCCCGCCACCGGCGUCCCAAGCGGCGACUGCCGAAGGCCGCAGCAGGAUGGACAAUGAGCGCCGCGGCGCCGAGUACAAUGGCGAGGCCGUCGUGGCCACCUCGGACCGCGAAGACGGUGGUUGCUGGCGGCGACGCUGGUGA